UACUUGAUACACAAUAACGAUAACAUAGCACGUGCUCCGUUAAGUGCUCGUUCAAAACUCAAUAUUUUUGUUUAUCAAACCAACAAAGUCUAUUUUUCAUCAAUCGCUUGUUUUAUCGAUCAAAAAAGGAAGUGACCUAAAAAGAAGCAGAUUGUAAUUAUUCCACUUAGCAUGCGACCCCCGAAGAUCCUCGGUGACUUCCUGGCUGAGCCGGUGGAGUGCAAUGCCCAUAUAAGGGGACUGCCCAUCCACGAGGGAACCAAACACAUCCCAAAAUACGCCGGAUAUGUGCCCACUAUCAAGUUCGACCAAGGACACACUUUCCCUGACCACACGAUGAAGUACCUGAAGAAUCACAGGAGCAGAGAGAUAGGGAAGGAGCCACCAGAGGAGAAGGGGUGGUACAUUCCACAGGACCACGACCACAAACACAGCUGCGUCAAGGGUCUUCUUGACUGCAUGCACAAAGAGUGUCACGUGACUAGUCAGACUCACCUGAGAUUCAACGUGGAGAGAAUCAAGGAGAGAAACACGAACGAGUUCUACAACGCCAUUCAGACGCAGAGGAAUAUGUACAAGCACUGCUACAAGCCAGGACAGCCCGUCAAAUAUCUGCAGACGGCAGUGAGAGGACCAUCCAUGUUCACAGACUAGUCAUAACUUAUACUUCAUUACAAAGCUGCUCCUCGAAUUGAAACAGCGAAAUAACUAAUAAGAAAAGUAAUAAAAUAUUAGCGAAAUGUAGAAUAGUUUGAGCAAGUUGGGUAUAAUAACUGCAAAUCUUUCUUUUUUGUUCUUUAAGAAAAUCGUUUGCUGAAUCUAUAGCUUUCAGUUUU